GUCCAGAACAGAAGAGGACGUCAUAACUCCACCUUACAUCUGACUGUUGUAGGGAGUGCAAGGAAUUCAGCAAUUAUAGGAACAAUCUCUGCCAUUCUUCUGGCUGUCAUACUCCUGGCUGUCAUACUCCUGGCUGUCUUUCUAUGGAUUAGACGAAAUAAAUCCUUUACACAACAGGCACAGGGUGGAGCGAGACACGACAACACAGGACAGCAAAACAUGGGUCCAGUGUAUGACAGCCCUUCAGAUGCAGCACAGAGACAAGCAGCAGAACAGCAGGAUGACCUUAACUACGCCAGCAUCUGCUUCUCUCAGAACCAUGAAGAUGCUCUCUACUCCAACAUCAGGCCAGCUCAGCCCCACAGACCAAGAGAGGAAGAGGACGAGGAGGAUAGUGUUGAUUACACCACUAUCAAACAUGACAGUGCCCCGGGACGUCAAGAAGAGGGGGAGGACUCACUUGCACUGUACAGCACAGUCAACAAAAACAAUGUGAAUGCAACAUGAAUCUCUGGUCUGUUGGAUAAAUGUAGAUUUUUUACACACCUUGUUUAAGAAACCAAACAAGCAUAGUUUUCACAACUCACAUAUCUUGUUAUUUUUGAUUGUUGUCUCAAUGCUGCACUUUGCUGUGUCUGUCCUAAGGAAUACACAGGAUUCCUAACCUCAGUGUUGCCACCUUCUUAACUACAUCCACAUUAUACGUUUUCGUUUUAAAACGCAGACUUUUUGCUACGUCUGCACCUCCCGUCCAGACUAAAAUGGUCAAGGAGAUCAUUUUCAUUUUCAAACUUUUUAUAAUAAAAAUAAAAUAACUUUGGUCCCAACGCUGACCCCUGGGGUACACCACAAGCCAUGCCCAGACAUUCAGAUGAAUAAUCUCCCAUCUUCACAAAUUGUUGUAUGUCUCUCAGAUAACUACUUACCCAGUUUAGAAUUACCCCCCUGAUCCCGAUUCGUUCCAGUUUAAUGAUUAAUAUUUCAUGAUUUAUUGUAUCAAAUGCUUUUUGAGAUCAAUGAAUACCCCAACUGCAUAUUUCUAUUUGUCUGUGGAGUUUGUGAUUUCUUCAAUGAGUUCUGUUAUGAACUCAGAUUCAUAUUGGCUAUCAGUGAGUAGUUUGUUUUUAUCAAUGAAUUUCUCUGAUCUGUUGUUAAAUUAUUUUUCAAAAAUUUUUAAAAAUUGUCGCAGUAGAGAGACAGACCUGUAAUUUGUAAAGUGGUGUUUAUUACCAGUUUUGUAUAGAGGAAUGACUUUUGCUAUUUUCAUUUUUGUUGGAAAUUGACCGGUUAGAAAUGAUAAAUUGCAGAUGUUCGUUAGUAGUUUGGCGAUCCCCUGUAUUACUGUUUGUAUAAUUUUUAUGUCUAUUCCAUUGUGAUCAGUGGAUGGUUUGUUUUAAAAUUCUUUAACAAUAUCUAUUAUUUCUUUUUCAUCUACUGCUGUCAGAAAUAUUGAACUGGGAUUUCUUUCUAUUAGAUUAUUAUAUCUACUUUCUAAUGUUUCUCUGUAAAGUGUAUUUUUCUUUUCAGAGGUGUUUUGUAAUCCCUUGGAAAUCCACAGUCUAUCAUUUUGUUUUUGUUUUCUGCUAUAUCUUUUAAUUUGACAAUUUUUAGAAAUUCUUCAUAUGCUUUGUCAACAUCUUUUUCAUUGUCUAUAAACUCCCAGUCUUGUGCUAGCAGAUCAACUUUUAAUGCCUCCAUUGUUUCUUCUGUCCUCACCCUUUUAGAAAUUGGUUUAUUACCAUGUCUGUUUUGUAUUGUUAUGUAUGAUGUUUGUAAAUAUAUUGUCUAUUAGUGUUGUUUUGCCUCUUUUUUUGGAGGCAUAUCAAAUUAUUGUUCAAAAAGUAAUUUUAAAAUGUAUUCAUAUUAGCAGGGUGUGACUCAUUUUGACAGGCUUUUGAUGUCAUUAACAAGCCUUCUUCAACUGCGGCGCAACUGCUGCUGUAAAAAUGAUUUGCAGGUAAAAGAAUCCAAAGGAUAGAUAGAUAGUCAAUAACCUUACUUGCUAAGGUCAAGGUGAAAUAUCCCCUGACAGGACGUGUCCUUCAGAUUUGGUUUUGGGACUACACUGUGUGCUCUGUAUUGCUGUUGCCAGUCUCAUUUCUUUAACAGUAACUGAUCUAGGCAUUUACCAACAUCCUACAUGUUAAUAAAAUAAAGAGGAAGGAAGGUGGGCGGGCUGUUUGUUAACAACCAGAUCUCUGUCCUCUGCUUACUGGCCACAGGGUAAAGUAACCUUCCCAGACCACAUCUUUAUCUGUUCUUAGUUAUUAAUGUUACUGGUUUAUUUCAUGUGACCAUUAUUCACCUGUUGAUGUUUUAUCAUCUCUGAAGCCACGCAGCAAGAGGAGCAGCUAUGAGUUUAACAGCAGCAGCCAGUGGAUUUGUUGUCUUCUUCCUCUGUGUGCCAGUGGUACAGAGUCAGAACAGCUGGGGAGUGACUUACACCUCUACUCAGAUCUGUGCCUUAAAAGGAUCAACAGUGGACAUAAACUGUACCUAUACAUAUCCAUCUACAAUAAAUUAUCGUGAUACCAAAGUUCAGGAAACAUUCUGGUUUACGAAAGAGAGUAAUAACGUUUAUGUGGAUCUGAGAACAGACUCAAAGUAUUCAGGUCGUGUGGAGUAUAUUAGUCAGAACAAACGCUGCACUCUGAGAAUCACCGACCUGAGAGAGAGCGACUCAGCUGAGUACAAGUUCAGGUUCAUAACAAACCAACCAGGUGGGAAAUAUACUGGUUUACCUGGAGUCACUCUGUCUGUCACAGCUCUCCAGAUGCAGGUGACCAGAAUAACAGUCAAUCAGUCUUACACCAAGGCAGAGCUGAAGUGUGACAGUAGCUGCAGUCCAGAUAGUGCACUCUCUUACGUGUGGUUCAAAAAUGGACAGAAAGUUCCUGAAGAAACUUCUUCUUAUAUAGGCCAGUUGUAUCCUGGAGACAAUAUCUCCUGUGCUUUGAAAGGACACGAGGGAUUCCGUUCUCCUCCACUGUAUGCUCCAAAGCUUCCCUCUGUGUCAGUGAGUCCCUCUGCUGAGAUAGUGGAGGGCAGUUCAGUGACUCUGACCUGCAGCAGUGAUGCUAACAUACUAGCUAAUCUUACCUGGUACAAGACAAAUCUUAAUUCAGAAAAACUUCUCAGCAAAGAACCAAAACUUGUCUUCAGCUCCAUCCAGUCCUCUGACUCUGGAGAGUAUUACUGUGCAGCUGAGAACCAGCUUGGGAGGAGGACAACUAAAUACAUCAUUGAUGUGAAAUAUGCUCCAAAGCUUCCCUCUGUGUCAGUGAGUCCCUCUGCUGAGAUAGUGGAGGGCAGUUCAGUGACUCUGACCUGCAGCAGUGAUGCUAACCCAGCAGCUAAUUAUACCUGGUACAAGGAGAACCAAACACUGAUUCAGGGACCAGAAGGCAUUUAUCGUUUCACCUCCAUCAGCUCUGAGGACAGAGGGAUCUACUACUGCAGGUCUAAGAAUCCAUAUGGACAGAUAAACUCUACAUCUCUAUCGUUAAAUGUCCAGUAUGCUCCAAAGCCUCCCUCUGUGUCAGUGAGUCCCUCUGGUGAGAUAGUGGAGGGCAGUUCAGUUAAUCUGACCUGUAGCAGUGAUGCUAACCCAGCAGCUAAUUAUACCUGGUACAAGGAGAACCAAACACUGCUUCAAGGACCAGAAGGCAUUUAUCGUUUCACCUCCAUCAGCUCUCAGGACAGAGGCAUCUACUGCUGCAAGUCUGAGAAUAAAUAUGGACAAAUCAAUUCUACAUCUCUAUUUUUAAAUGUCCAGUAUGCUCCAAAGUUUCCCUCUGCGUCAGUGAGUCCCUCUGGUGAGAUAGUGGAGGGAAGAUCAGUUAAUCUGACCUGUAGCAGUGAUGCUAACCCAGCAGCUAAUUAUACCUGGUACAAGAAGAACCAAACACUGAUUCAGGGACCAGAAGGCAUUUAUCGUUUCACCUCCAUCAGCUCUCAGGACAGAGGCAUCUACUGCUGCAAGUCUGAGAAUAAAUAUGGACAGAUCAAUUCUACAUCUCUAUAUUUAGAUGUCCAGUAUGCUCCAAAGUUUCCCUCUGUGUCAGUGAGUCCCUCUGGUGAGAUAAUGGAGGGAAGAUCAGUUAAUCUGACCUGUAGCAGUGAUGCUAACCCAGCAGCUAAUUAUACCUGGUACAAGAAGAACCAAACACUGCUUCAAGGACCAAAAGGCAUUUAUCGUUUCACCUCAAUCAGCUCUCAGGACAGAGGCAUCUACUGCUGCAAGUCUGAGAAUAAAUAUGGACAGAUCAAUUCUUCAUCUCUAUAUUUAGAUGUCCAGUAUUCUCCAAAGCUUCCCUCUGUGUCAGUGAGUCCCUCUGCUGAGAUAGUGGAGGGCAGUUCAGUGACUCUGACCUGCAGCAGUGAUGCUAACCCAGCAGCUAAAUACACCUGGUACAAGGAGAACCAAAGACUGAUUCAAGGACCAGAAGGCAUUUAUCGUUUCACCUCCAUCACCUCUGGGGACAAAGGAAUCUACUACUGCAAGUCUGAGAAUAAAUACGGACAGAUCAACACUUCAACUGAAUUUAUAGAUGUCCAGUAUGCUCCAAAACUUCCCUCUGUGUCAGUGAGUCCCUCUGCUGAGAUAGUGGAGGGCAGUUCAGUGACUCUGACCUGCAGCAGUGAUGCUAACCCAGCAGCUAAUUAUACCUGGUACAAGGAGAAUGAAGACUCACCAAAAGCUUCAGGAAAGAACUUCACCAUCACACACUUUAUAGCUGAAUACAAUGGGAAUUAUUACUGCGAAGCCCAGAACAGAAGAGGACGUCUUAAGUUCACCUUAUAUCUAGCUGUUAAGGCUGAACAAUGGAUAUUAAUAUCUGCUGGAACAAUCCCUGCUAUUUUAAUUCUCGUACUACUCAUAGUCAUCUCUGUCAUCCUCUGGAUUAGGAAAGACAGGACCACUAAGCAACCGCCUGAGCCUAAAGACAAACCAGACGGAAAUCCACAGAAACAACCAGCAGAGGAUAACAUUCAUUAUGCCAGCGUCCACUUCUCUAAGAAACAAGCAGAUCCCCUCUACUCCAAUAUCACACCAUCUCAGCCCCAAAGACAAGAGGUUGAAGAGGAGGAGGACAGUGUGGUGUACACAACUGUCAAAUAUAACAGUGACAAUACUGCCCCGAAGUGAGCAGCUCUUCAUCCAGGAACAUCAUCGUCAUUAUCAGAGUUGUGGCCUUUUCUUUGGUGCCUUUUGAUUAAAAAAUCAGAAUUGAAAAGGGUUUUAUCAAGUGGUUCCUGCUGCUGUAUUCUGCCCCACAGAAAAUAAUUUGUGUCAGUAGUCACAUAGAUCUUAACCUUUUGCCACUGAUAGAAUGACAUGCAGGAGUGCCCUAUGUCACUACUUCUGUUUGUGAUUAGCUUUGAGCAGUUGUUACACAUACAGUAGUGUCACACUGGGAUUAAUGCUGUUUUCUUGUACAAGUGGCCAACAGAUAAUAUAAAACACCUGGACAACAUCAUGUCUCAGAUACAUUUUGCAAAUUAAAAUAUACCAUAAAUUAUUUGAUUUCUGAACCCUAACAGUAAAGUUCAGCUUCCUUUUAUACACUGUUGAGUAGAAUAAGUGUUGAAUGUGUGGCCUAGGCCCCUCUUUCAAACUUAGCUUGUCAAUUAACGGUAAUGACAGUUUGGUUUACAGAUAGAACAGAUACAAGAUGAUUAAAUGGUUGUCAUGAUUUAUCCACUAACCUUCUGUCUAUACUGGUCAUAAUGUGAUCCCUUGCCACCAAUAUUCAAGAUAAAGGACAAAACCAACAGUCUUCAAAGAGGGAUUUAGCUUAGUCAUACUGCUGAAGCACCUUAUUAGCUUCAGCUGAGCUUUACAAUGUAUUUUUGCACAGAAUGUAUUUUGCAGACCAUGGAUUUUAUCCUCGAUCUCUAACGCUGGAGUUGGAGUAGGAGAAGAUAAUUUCACAGCCAGUAUGGAGAGAAAGAAUGACCACAGUGACUAUCAACACACAUAUGAGAAUGAGUGUUGUCAUCUUUUUGAGUAGCCUACAUUUCUCUCUUUUUGUUUAAUAUAUGUCUUUUAGGUUAAUGAUCACAACUGGUUUUGUAAUGUCCACUGCAAUACCAUCACAACUUCUGCUACCUUCUAUAAACAUACACUUUCACAUUCUAUAUACACUCACCUAAAGGAUUAUUAGGAACAGCUGUUAAAUUUCUUAUUAAUGCAAUUAUCUAAUCAACCAAUCACAUGGCAGUUGCUUCAAUGCAUUUAGGGGUGUGGUCCUGGU